AACACUCGGUAUCUGAAAGCCGCGGCCGACUAGUGUUUAAACAGCAAGUGAUGAGUGUGAAACUGCAAAGUCCAGUGAGAUGCAACAGUGUUUUGGGGCCAAAGUCAGUGAAAUCCUAGAUAAACAGGUGGUUUUGAAAAGGCGCGCCGCGCAUUGGAAACAACGUCCCACACGCAAACAACGUGGAACAUGCGGUGGGACAUUCUUGAAGUCAACUGAAGGUGAAAUCGUGAACGUGAUAACCCUUCUAGUAGCUUGUUAUCGAAAACAGGCAAUCUUCUCGAUAGUCACUGCCUAAUUACUAGACUAACAUAUAUCUUGAUAACCCGGAAUGUCAGAGCCUCAGUGCAAAAGAAGCAAGAUGGCUAGCACGUUGGACCAACUAAAAGCGCUCACCACCGUGGUGGCUGAUACUGGGGACUUUGAAGCCAUGAAGGCUUACAAGCCCACAGAUGCCACCACCAAUCCUUCCCUCAUCUUGCAGGCCGCCAAUAUUCCCCAAUACAAGCCCCUGAUUGAGAAGGCCGUAAAGUAUGGCGAAAAACUGGGAACCACCAUUGAGGAGAAGCUGGAAAACACCAUCGACACCUUGUGUGUUCUGUUUGGAAUCGAAAUUCUGAAAAUUGUGCCUGGACGAGUGUCCACAGAGGUCGAUGCAAGAUUAUCCUUCGAUACAGAAGCCAGCGUGCGCAAAGCGCGCAAAAUUAUCCAAUUGUAUGCGGACAAUGGCAUCAACAAGGAGAGAAUUCUGAUCAAAUUGGCCUCAACUUGGGAGGGAAUCCAGGCUGCAAAGAUUUUGGAGUCGGAAUAUGGAAUUCACUGCAACUUGACUCUGCUGUUCAACUUUGCCCAGGCCGUAGCUUGCGCUGAAGCUGGAGUUACUCUGAUUUCGCCCUUUGUUGGACGUAUCCUGGAUUGGUACGUUGCAAAUACCGACAAAAAGAGCUUCACGGGAGAAGAAGAUCCAGGCGUGGUUUCAGUCGCGAAAAUCUACAACUACUACAAGAAAUUCAACUACAAAACCGUUGUGAUGGGAGCAUCGUUCAGAAAUACCGGAGAAAUCAAAGCUCUGGCCGGUUGCGACUUGUUGACCAUCAGCCCGAAGCUCCUUGGUGAAUUGGAAGCCAGCACAGAAGCGCUGCCACGUAAGCUGAGUCCAGAAUCCGCAAAAAAUGCCCAAUUGGAGCGCCUCGAGCUCUCCGAAGCCAAAUUCAGAUGGCUCUUGAAUGAAGAUAAAAUGGCAACGGACAAGCUCUCGGACGGGAUUAGGAACUUCGCAGCCGAUUCCAUUAAGCUCGAAGGUAUUAUCAAGAGCAAGUUAACUGGUAAGGCAUAGAAAAAAUUAAACAACUGGUUGUUAAUAAAUGCGAGCAAUUAAUAAACAGCUUUAAUUAUG